AUGAAGAAUCCCAGGACGGUAGCGUUGGCGCUCGCCGCGUUAUCCACUCGAAGCGCCAUCGCGGAUGAUAAAUUCUACAACUGGAAUCUGACGUAUACGAAGCUACCGGGAACCAGCAGAGAUGCGAUUCUUAUCAACAACGAAUGGCCUCCGCAGUCAAUCGAGGUGAACCAAAAUGACAGAAUCAUCGUCAACGUCAACAACCAUGACGUAAACGACACGGUGUCGUUGCACGCACACGGAUUCCACCAGAUGUACAACAACCAAGCCGAUGGUCCAGUUGGCGUGACUCAAUGCGGCCUUCACAAGGGUCACUCUCAGAUGUAUGUUUGGCAGGCUGAUCAGGUCGGAUCGUUUUGGGUCCACAGUCACAAAGUUGGACAAUAUCCAUACGGCCUGAGGGCGCCUUUGAUCGUGAGGCAGGCUGAUGAACCGGCGUACUACGGGUAUGAUGCUGACCACGACUUCAUCUUUGAUGUAUCUGAAACGUGGAAUGAUUCAAUGCCCGCCAUUGAGCAGAAAAUUACGAAUGGAGAUUGUUGUCUGAACAACAUAUGUGGUCUGGAAGUACCCCCUGAUGGAGCAAUCGCUCGCGACGACUUGAGUGGUAUGACUCAGUACGAUGCGACAAAUCUUAGUUCAGGCACGCCUAUGCGCGUACGGAUCAUCAAUAUGUCUGCGUUUUCCAAUUUCAUCGUCUUCGCAGACGAUUCAGAUAUUGAUUUGGCUGUCAUUGAAGUUGACGGGGUGCCGCUGAAGAGCGACAACGUCUCCACCGCCAAGUCCAUCAUGAUUCAUCCAGGGCAGAGAUACAGUGUUAUGCUGAACAGUACUAAGAGCUUCAACCUCUAUGGUGUUGUUGACCCAGAUCUGUACUCUGGCAACGACUGCCAAAAGUUGCAGGGGUCUAGCCUGUCACAGUACCAGUACGCCGCCAUGGCAACGGGGCAAUUUAACGUGGACGGAAAGCUGGUGACCCCCUAUUUCGAGGCAACAUCGUCAUGCACCGAGACUACGGCACCAUGCUACACCAGCGAUAACAAUCAGUUCACUUUGCAAAAUCUUCCAUCGCACGCGUCGGAUACCGACCAGCGAGUUACCGACCAGUGGUACUCGGACGGAAAGCUGCAGCCCGAGGCUGAUGUCGAUAGAAUUAUGUACGGCAAUGACUCGGAUUCUACCAUUAUCCACCUGGAUUUGACUGUCACCAGUGGAACCGAUCGGUAUGCCACUAUGAAUGACAAACAAUUUUUUGCCCAGCAAAUUCCGGUUCUCCUUCGCCAAACUCAAACGCCGCCAGAGUGCUCAAGCGAUGAUCUGAUUCCUGAACCUGGCGUGGGCGGUCUCACAGACAAAGACUACUAUGGAACCAACAACACCUGGCAUGUAAAGCAGGGCACUAAUGUAUUCCUCGUUAUCACAGCAAAGGCCAAUACUCAUCCCUUCCAUCUCCACGGCCACGACUUCCAAGUCCUCUAUCAAACACCUUCUCAGGGCCUUAGCUCUACAGACAGACAGCAACCGUCUCAAGUCAACGGUCCUGACGAUGAUAAGAUCAAGGAUAAUUCGUAUGAUUUUCCUGCCGUGCCAUUGCGUCGCGAUACAAUUCAGCUUACGGCGAGGACGUACGUUGUGGCCGCUUUCAAAACAUUGAACCCUGGGACAUGGUUUUUCCACUGCCAUAAUGAUUUUCACUCCCUCACUGGUAUGGCGGGUGCGUUGGUCGUAAAUGCGCCCGAUGAUCCUAAGUGGCAGAAUCCUUCUGUCGGAGAGAGUGUUUGGGAACAGUGUCGCUUUGAGACGAAAACUGGAGGAAACUUCACUAGUUGGAAGAGAAGUUGCUGCAAGAGUUCAGACUCGUGUACUGAUGCUGCUUCUUCCGGCGAGAAGGUCCAGGUUAUUUCGUAA